AUGGAGUUGUGUGAGUCUGUUGGUGAACUAUCUGGUAGUUCAGAACAUAUACUGCUUAGAAUAUUCAGUCAGAAACCGAUAUGCAUAAGGUUUUCUACAGAGGAAUCUUUAUCUUUAUGCUUUCUAAAACUGAAAAUCUUGCUUACUUCGGCUGUUUUUGUUCAUGAUUCUGUUUGCUUAUCGGCGAAUUCGACCAAAGAGCAUUCCUCUAAAAUGAUUGACUCCUUUAGGAAGCUAAAAGACAACACAAAUUUGGCAGCACUCAUAGUAUUUUUCAGUCUUGAUAAUAACACUUGUGAUCACACUCCAACUCUACAGGUUUCUCAUCAUUCAUUUGGCUACUCCCAUCGUAUACCGAUAGAUUUGAUUUGCAAUUUCAACAACAAUGAAUUAAUGCACAGAGCUCUGUGUACAAAAUUAUCUUCAUUUUUGGACAGCUACCAUCGCGCUCUUCUGUUUCUUUGGAGGGAAGUAAAGUUUCCUCCAAAAACAUUAUUAUCUUACCAUUACGUAGUUCGGUCUUCUAUGUUCAGUAUACGUCUCCCGUGGAAGAUCGAAGAAACACGUGAAGAAAUUUGGCGGAAGAUCAUUCAUGAAAAAUUCAGUCUUCCACUGGAUACUCCACUCGUCCGACGAGGUCAGGCUUUACAUCCAGUACCUAGAAUAGUCACUUGGCUUGGUCCGUCAUCUGAACUUCUUGUGUGUCCUCAUGAAGCCGUUAAACAAGCACCUAAUAUAGGUCAAACCUACAUCGUUACAGGUCGGUAUACUUAUAAGCAUUAUCUUCAGGACGGAGUAGAUGACAGGAAUUGGGGUUGUGCAUAUCGAUCGCUCCAAACACUAGUAUCUUGGCUUAUGUGGCAAGGUGAAAUAACUCCAGGUCCAAUACCAUCUCUCAGAGAUAUUCAAGCUUCCAUUGUACGUUUUGGGGAUAAGCCAAAAAGUUUUAUCGGUAGUUGUCAGUGGAUUGGCUCACUAGAGGUGAGUUAUUGUUUGCAAGAGUUAUACAACAUUCAGUGUCGGCUUUUGCACAUCCCACAAGGACAUCAGAUGAACCAGCUAGCAGCACAUGCUCUUGCACAGCAUUUCACUUCCGGUGGAGGACCAGUUAUGGUUGGUGGUGGCCAAUUAGCUCAUACAAUUAUUGGUGUUCAAUUAUGUGAGUCAACAUUAAACGGUACUGAAUCUUCGUCAUAUCGCUAUUUAAUUCUGGAUCCUCAUUAUACUGGCCCCUUUGGAAAUAUUAAGCUUAUUACCGAAAAAGCUCAACGAAAUGUCAAGUCACAGUGCUUCAUGCUCAAACGGAAAUCGGAAGAUUUGAAAGUCUAA